AUGGUAGAGCAACCCAAAUCCCUUCGAGUCUUGAUUGCCGGCGCGGGCAUCGCCGGUCUAGCGACCGCUAUAUCGCUAGCCAGGAUAUCGUCUGUCGCAAAUCUAGAUGUCCAAUUGUAUGAGCAGGCCCCAGAGCUCUUGGAAAUUGGAGCAAGUAUUGCACUUGGCCCAAAUGGAAUGCGCACGCUUGAGAAACUCGGUGUCCAUAAUGCUUUGAGCGACGAAGUCGGAUUCCGGGGCCCAGGUGGUAUACCGCAGAUUUUCCGUCACUGGAAAACGGACCAAGUGGUGUCGACCGAUACUCACGCAGACGUUUCAGACCCUCGGCACUACACGACGCGUUUCCACCGUGGUCAUGUGCACUCUGCUUUACUUGAGCAUGUACCCCCAGAGACGAUUCAUCUGAACAAGAAGAUCAAGCGCGCCGAAGCUCGUCCAGAUGGCGUCUCACUGUUUUUCGAAGAUGGGACUGACGUACAUGGGGACAUUCUCAUCGGAGCAGAUGGCAUUCGAUCGAGUGUCAGACAGUCAUUCAUCCCGGAUUACAAACUCCGAUUCAGCGGCAAGGUGUUCAUGAGAGCGACGUUUGAUGCGUCGUUGGUCGAGGGCAAGAUACCGAAUUUACCAGCGGACUCGAUUCAUUGGUAUACAACAGUUGGUGCAUACGACGACCCCCGCUCGUCGGAAGAGCUUGAGAGAACAAUUGCCUGGGAUCAACUCGGCAAUGUUGAAUUUCUCAGAAACCGAUACAAGGAUUGGAACCCCACAGUGAGGGCUCUCACAGAGCUCACGCCAUCGACAAACCUUUACCCUAAUUUUGCUGGCGACGCCUUACCAACCUGGGUCUUCGGCUCGCGUGUGACACUAGUAGGAGACGCAGCACACGCGCACGGUGGUGCAUUCGCCGCCGGAGGCUCACUUGCACUCGAUGACUCUCUCGCUCUUGGCCUUGCAUUUAAACACAUCUUCCAGGGGGCCACGUUCUCAAUUGAAAAUAUUGAAAAAGCAUUGAGGCUGUACAGCCAAACAAGGCAGCCUCAUACCGCACGAUUAUUGCGCAUUGUGCAUGACCAGAUCGAUAGGAAGGCUGCAACUUUCGCGACAAGUGAGGCUGAAGAUGAAGCGUUGGUGGCCCGAUUGAAAGGUCGGCCUGAUACAGUGUGGUUAUCCGAACAUGAUGUCGAGGCUGCUUUUGGAGUUGUUGCUCAGGGGUCGCACGACGCGGGGGCGCAGCGUGUUGGGGAGGAACUAAAAACAAGUGGAGCCAUCCAACUGGAGCCAAGUAAACUAUAG